AUAAGGACCUGAUUUGGCAACCAAAUGUCAGAUUUCAUUUAAGACAGAGAUGUGCAAAAUUUAGAAAAUGUAUUGAAUACCCCAAAAACCAGGGAAAUGCGUAACAUACUAACAUUAAUUUUCUGUAUCCUUUGUCUCGUUUUGGAAAUACUCGGUUUUCUAUUUGUUGCUUUAAAUUAUGGAAGUGCUUGCAUUCAAGCUGGUGAAAUCACGGAAAACGCAUACGCUUAUAUGAUACUUAUCUAUGCAGUGGCGACCAGUGAUCUGUUCUACACAACCGUUGUUUGGUUCCUGCCCGGUGCAGCCCUUCGAGAUUUUAUCUUCGUAUACCACAUAGGUGCACUAGUUGUCAGUUUAGCUGGCAGUAUCGCGAUAUUUGCGGGACUCACAUUCUGUGGUAACGCCGCCCAAGUAUUUUUCUUUCUAGCUGGCCUAGUAGGAGUAGUUGCUGCCGUUUUUCAUGCCGUGAUAGCUCUCAUUGUAAGAAAAAAAUUGCCUGUCACUUCGAAAUUCUCGAAAGGACAUACAUAAGUUGCGAACAGUAUCCAAGUCGAAAAGUGGCUAUUGAUUAAGGAGCAUACUUUCUACAGAACCCGAAAUGAAUCUGGCAGAAGAACCACCCUCUGAAUAGGAAAUAUAUUCAAGAUAAAAUUUUGUGUUUUCGUGGUCUAAUUAUUACCAAAAGUUGACAAGAGCAAAGGCGUGUUAUUGGCUUUUAAAUUUUGUACCUUAUUUAUUAAAUUUAAUAGCUACAGGAGACACAAUAAAAUCUUAAUUGC